ACUCCAUCAUGGAACAUCAUGGAAAGCAAAACAUUUAUAUGCAAAACACAAAACCUUAUUUCACUUAGACAUAAAAAUGACUUAUCGUAUGUCAGUAAUAUAUUUACUGUACUGGGUUACGAUUACAACCAAAUUUCUUUGGCAUUACAUAGCGAUUUUUUAAAAGGGGAAAGAUUAUACAAAUUUACUCCAUCAAUUAACCAUACAAAUAAACAUGGCUGGCAAAUCCUCCGACCGCAAGAAGGGGAAAGAUGCCAAGUCUACUACGAACGAAGUGGCGGACACCCUGGCGACCUUCCAGCUCCCUGACAGUUUGUCAUGUUCCGAGGUGGAGUUCCCAGUGCUAAUGACAAGGAGCAACAAGGCUAGCUGGAGGCAAAUAGUGGAGGAGCACGAGCAAAGAAUGCAAGAACUGAAGGAGUAUAGCGAAAGUAAAAAGGAACCGAUUGUGAAGGCACCGUUCCUUAAAACAGAAUGCGAUUACAUAAAGAAUGAAGUAUUCGUCCAUCUCUUGCCUGCUCUCACGGAAACUCUAAACAAAGCGAAGAUUUGGGAAGCACUUAUAAGACAGAAAUGCUUUUUCAAUGGCAUUGAUCAUAUCAGUCAGGUCUUAUGGAACAACAAUCCACGUUAUCAAGAAAGAAAACACAAUAACUGGCACUUAUUCAAUAUGCCUUGGGUCAGAGAUUAUUUAAAAAAACAUCCGCGACCAUAUUACCCUAAGUCCUGGCUGUGGCCUGAGGAGUAUGCUGCCACAGUCAUACAGAAAACUGUCCGACAAUACUUUGUGCAGCGAGACGAGGAGGUGCAAGAAAUGAGGGACUUCUGGAGGAAAUUGGAGCUGGAGCGCGAUUUAUGCCCAGAAAUGGAAUUCAAUCCAUUCCUCGCGAAAAAGUUUGCGUCUUCCACACAUUUCCGUAAUAAAUUGUAACCACAGCCAAUUUAUUAUAUUGCCAAAGAUAUUCUUUAGAUAAACAUCUAAAUGUUUAUCUAAAGAAAAUAUUAUAUAAUCAUGAAAUGAUACCAUAUAGCCAAAAGUAUACUAUGACACUAUCAAAGACAGUCCUCAUUAAAAGAUUCAAAUUGUGAGUUUUACUUAUAUUUCAACAUUCUACCUAUUAAAUUUAACAAUGACUA